AUGUCAGAGUGGAAGGAAUGGCCAGACAAGAUUCGAGGAAAGUCUCAUCACCAAGUGACUGUCUAUUGCCUGGUCAUGAAGGGCACCAUCGACGUCUGGCAUUUAGCUACUCAUUAUUUACACUAUAGUAUUUCCAUCGAGCAUCGUAGUUUCGGCAAUCCCUCUCAGCUCCCGUCACCAAUGCAGAAGGAGUAUGGUGUAUUUGCACAGAACUUCGCGACUGCCUUUGCUCCCAAAAUCUUCAAGGUGUACCUCCACCAAGUCGAGCUAUACGUUUCAGGACAGGCGUGGUUGGGCAAGAAAUGCCAAUACCAAAUCUUCCAGUUUUUCACAGAAUGGAUUACAUUGACCUUCGAUCCCUCAGAUUAUGCUGAUGUGUUUAUCCAUAGUAUCAAGCUGAAGUUGACGUGGAUAUUCCUGAAGCCCCAUGUCGACAACCUCGUGGCUAACUUUGCAUUCCCCCAGCUCACUUUCAAUGUGUCCAAACAAGCCAUGUGGGAGGCAGAUCCCAUAGAAUAUGUCCAUGCUAGUGUCGUCCUUGGCCCCUUUAUUGUCCGCCAUCCCAAUGUCAAGGGAAGCAUCGAGCAGUUCAUGGCAUGUGAGGUGCUUGGUGUAGUGACCAAGGCCGGUAUCACAUGGGCUACCGAAGAGAACUUGAACAACCACUCCUGUGCUGUGGCAUUGGCCCUGGAUGAUCAGGAACUCCCGGUACGCGUGCAAGCUGCGUUGGCCAUCACUGAGCUGGUUGUCAUCUAUGAUUCUGUCAGGGAUGCCAUCUCUCCGCAAGUAGGCAAGGUCGUGCAAGAUCUUCUCAAGCUCUCCGAUGAGACGGACCUCGAUAUCCUGAAUCACAGCAUGGAAGCUAUGGUGGACUGGUUCCAAAAUGAGCUUAUGCCUGUGGCUUCACAGCUCAUGGCACGCCUGGCGAGCGCCUUGUCCUCCAGUCACUACUAUAAUACGCUGACGGCAUAUGGCAAUGACGAUAAAGUAUAUGGCGCCAUGGGGGUCGCCAAAACUAUUGGGACCGUGCAGGAGGUGAUCAUUCCCAUCAUCCGGUUCACCCUUGAGAAUAAGUUGAUCGAUCUGUUUGAUAAUAUGUAUGACCUCGUAGAUGCCCUUACCUUCCAUCUUCAUGCAAUAUCACCAAACAUGUGGCCGGUGUUCGAGUUGACUUAUGACCUCUUCAAGAGCGAUGCUGUUGAUUUCCUUGAUGAAAUGCUCCCCUCGCUGGACAACUUCAUGUCAUAUGGUACCGAUGUGCUGAAAGCACACCCUGACUACAGGUCGAAACUGGGUGAUAAUGACAAGAUUAACGGAUGCAAGCUGGCAGAGUCAAUGCUUCUUAACUUGCAUGGCCAUGUGGACCACCAACUUCAAUACAUCAUCACCAUCGCCGCAGAACACAUCGAUGAAGGUGAGACUGCCUCAUUCCACCUUGCCAACCUCGAGAUUCUGGUCAACACCAUCCUCUACAAUGCCUCUGCGACGCUCCAUUUCAUGGAGGCCUACAAGCCAGGAUUCUCAUGCACAUUUUUUGAGCGCUGGUUCGCAGCAAUCAACAGCAACAAUAAGCUCCCACGCGUGCACGACAAGAAACUGAGCAUUUUGGCGCUGUGUAAGUUGUUGGAGAUGGAGGCUGGCGUGAUUCCGGAGGGAUUGAGAGAUGGAUGGCCUGGAAUUGUGGGCGGCGCUUUGAAUAUCUUCAAGGGGCUGCCUCAGGCUGUUGCAAAAUGCAAGGUGUUGGAGGAUCAGCUGGUUAAAGGGGACAAUGAUGAAGAUGAGGACGAAACUAAAUAUCUCAAUCUUGAGGGAGACAAAGAUGAGGAUGUAUGGGAUGAAGAUUCUGCAUAUCUCGAGAUCCUAGCGAAAGAGGGUGCUUGCCUAAGAGAAAAAUCUGAGAAAGCAGAAACAGGAGGAGAUGACGAGUCAGAUAUAUCAGAAGAAUCAGAGAUCGAGGAAGAAUUAGGGUUUUUCAGUCCACUCGACAACAUCAACACAUAUGUCACCUUCAAGGAAGCAUUACAGACAUUCCAGAAUCAAAACAGUGCUCUAUACCAGGCAGCGAUGACGAUGCUCACGGUUGAGUGGCAGAUUGUGCUUAUGGAGGUGGUGAUGGUGGCGAACCAGGGUGAUCAUAGUUGA